AUGGCACCAAGACACAAAAAAGAGGACACGGGCGAGCUGAUGGUCUCGCUUGAGCAGUACUCGCGCACCAGGGACUCUGUACGUAUUUUCUCUGCUCUCAUUCCUGCUUCUGCCAUGUUGCGACGCGCAUGCUUCAUGUUAUCGUGCCAUCGCGACACCAGCUCGCACAAGCCGGCGCGCACCAUGGCCCGCAUCAUCAUGUCUCCCCUCUACAUGGCGCCUGCGAAGAAACGCCUCCCUGCGUUGCUUCCCAAGGCGCGCGCGAAAGUUGCGCGCGUCCACGUUCAGCUCCAACACGUCAAUUUCAAUUCAGCUGCUAACGACCCUUUGUGCCACCAGGUCAUCCUGGCCCUUACAAACUUGCAAGCCGGCCUCACCAAUGUCCAGACCAACCUCAAUGACUUGUUCCGCGCGUACAUGCAGCACACGACUUCCAUUCUCGCGGGUGAAGAUGGCGACAUGGACAAGUUCCAGCUGCCCGCUAACAUAACGGCGACGGCCAAUGCGGCUAUGGAGGCGGCAACUACUGCUGCCAGUGGCAUCAAUCAGGUUGUCAGUGCCUCCAACCAGGUCACUGAGGGCGCAGCCGCCGAUGGCAAGAACAAGAAGCGCAAGCGCGAGAAGAAGGAAAAGGACCCCAACGCUCCCAAGAAGCCGCUCACUGCUGCUUUCCUGUAUGCGCAGACUGCGCGUCCCAUUGUCAGGGCGGAUCUGGAAGCUGCUCUCGAGCCUGGCGCGAUUCUGGAGAAGAACGCUGUCAACUUGGAAGUGACCAAGCGAUGGAACGAACUUCCCGACGAGGAGAAGGAGGUGAGAUUUUCCCACAAUACUGGCUCCAUGGAGGACUACAAGAUCGAGCUCGCCGAAUACCUCGCCAAAGCCGGCGGCAAGGUCGCGGACGUGCACAUUGACGAAGACCUGUCCGACGCCGAAGACGUCGAAAUGGCCGACGUAGGCACCGUCGACUCAGACGCCUCCUCUGAAGACGAAGAAGAGCCCCCCGUCGUCGUCAAAGCCCCCUCUCCACCCGCAAAGACCCCCCGUCCAAACAAGCGCCAAAAGACUGUCGCAGCAGCCGCUACCAACGGUGCCGCCGUCCCCUCCACACCCGCCCCCGCAAAAGACACCCCCGUCCCCAUCCCCAGCAGCUCGCGCCCAACCACCCAAGUCCCCGCCCCCGUGCCCGCCUCGAGUGUCGAAGCCCCCGCCGCAGCGAAGAAGGACAGCAAGAAGAAGGCCAAGCUAGCCGCUCCCGCGCCCAUUGCCCCCGCUCCGACGAAAGAAGCUACCCCAGACGACACCAGCAAGACGGCCAAGAAGGCCAAAUCCAGCCGCAGCACUAGGGGCGCCGAAGCGGAGAUCGACAAGGAGAAUGCAGCAGCGGGUGCGGGCGAGAAGAAGAAGGAAAAGCGCGAUCGGAGUAAGAGGAAGAGUGAGGUUGCAUCUACUUAG